CUUCACAAACAUUUCUAUCCCCUUCAGGUUGUAACAACUGUAUCUCUUGAUAAAUAUUUUAUUAAUAUAAUGACAUUGUUAGGACCUGUCGUGACAGAAACUGUUGAGAGAAUGAAUAAAUAAAAAUAAGCUCAGUUUGCCUUGAAGCACCUCCACCUACAGCAGGGUCAGUGAAACCCUCUGAGGACAGAGGAGGACCAGUCUCCGCCCUAAACGACGUGAAGCGUCUCGCGCUCUGACGGAGCAGCUCGGCCUCUCCGCCGCUCAGACAGGCUUCAGACCGGGCAGCGCUGCUCGCAACCCAACAACAGACACGUCUGUCCUCCCACUCUUUAACUCAGCCGGUAAACCUGGUUCUAAAGAUGGUGUGCGGCGGCUUCACCUGCUCCAAAAACGCGCUGUGUUCGCUGAAUGUUGUUUACAUGCUCGUUGGGCUCCUGCUGAUUGCGGUCGCAGCGUGGGGCAAAGGUUUCGGCUUGGUGUCCAGCAUCCACAUCAUCGGCGGGGUCAUAGCAGUGGGUGUGUUCCUGCUGCUCAUCGCCAUCGUAGGACUCAUUGGAGCCGUGCACCACCACCAAGUCAUGCUUUUCUUUUACAUGGUAAUCCUGUUCAUUGUUUUCCUCUUCCAAUUUGGAGUUUCAUGUUCUUGUUUGGCCAUGAACCAAAGACAGCAGGUGGUGCUUCUGAACUCAACCUGGAGGAUAAUGGAGAACAAUACCAAGAUAGACCUGGAGAACCAGCUGAACUGCUGUGGGCUGUUUAACAACAGCGGCAGCACCUCAAUAUAUGAGGCCGAUUUGCAAAAUUGUACUGCUAGCUGCAAAAAGGAAAGUAAGUGUUUACCCUGCGGGGAUAAGAUGCUGCAUCACGCAACAGAGGCCCUAAAGAUUCUCGGGGGCGUUGGUCUCUUCUUCAGCUUCUCAGAGAUCCUGGGAGUGUGGCUCGCCGUGCGCUACAGAAACCAGAAGGAUCCACGAGCCAACCCAAGUGCUUUCCUAUAGUCUGCCCCUCAUCACAGGAAAAAAAAGGCAGUUUUCAACACACUGGUACACACAAAAUAACACAUCAAGAGGCAGACACUCAGGCAUAAAAAUACAGUCACGCCAACACUGAAUGAUGAUCGUGCUCMGCAACACUGAGAAACAAAAUGAACAACUUCACUGGAGGCUAAGAAACCCCGAGCACCUGUUCAGACCUGGAAACUCGUGUAUGAAAGGACGACUCGUAACACUGACAGGUUUUACUGGUCCCGCCUUGAUUUGAGUCCCAGAUUUCUCGAUUCCAGCCUGUUGACUUCCUCCUGAAAGAUUUCUGCAUGUGUUCUGCACCCGCACACACAGUCUCAUUCCACACACCAACAAAGCAACUGUACACACAUCAACUCGUAUGCACCUUGAUUUUCCCUUCGUUUCUAGUGUAGUGGUGCCGCGCUAACACCUGCCGCGCUCACCUGACCAGUGCUGUCUGUGGUUUGUGCCCAAACAUCUCCAGUGUGGUGAGGAGAAGCUAAGCGCCGUCUUGAAAUGUGGUGUAAAGUAGUUUUUGAGCUUUUAGUUCCUCACACAUCAUGUCGUGUUUAGGGUUUAGGAAGUUGAUUUUAGAUCAUAGUGAAUUGGUUUUGAAUAUUUGUGAACUGUAACUGAGCCAGCUAACUCACAGUCAGCAACAUUCAGACGCCACAGACUGCAGCUUUGAUGUUGUACAGAAUUUAAUUUAAACCAUCGGAGCUCAGACGUCACUUCCCUCAUGUUUUUCGUCAUCCACACUUCCUGUGUUUUGUUCUUCUGUGAGGCACGGCAGCGGUGUGGAGUUCAGAUCCUGGAGUCUGGUACUAUUUGUUACCGCUUGUGGAACUGGAAGAAAUCUCAAUGAAACAUUUUGUCUUGUUUUAGAAAAUUWAAAAAAAAAACGAGUCUGAAAUCCUGAUCAUUUUUUUAAUGUGUUAAUUGUGAAAAUGUGCUUCUUGAUGCAACUCUUCUAUUUUAAAUAUUUCUGAAAGCAGUGACUCAUUUGUGCAGUUUUUGUGUUUUUAGCUUUCAUCAGUGUUAAAUGCUUUGUAUAUUAUGCUUGUGGAAUAUUUUCAGAAUCUAUUUAAGUUUGCACAUUGAGCUGAUGUAGUUUUGAUGAUGAAACAUUUCAUGUUAAAUAAUUGCUCAGUCUGUUUUUUUUUCUUAUGAAGUGCUUUUUAAUUUAAGGACUAACAUAUGAUGUAAUGAAAUGUCUUGAACCUGUCAUCUUUGCUGAUGUGAGUUUCAUGCUGCUGGUUUGGAGUUCUCGUUGGUGUAAAUGAAACAUUUGGACAGUUCUUAUGCCAUAUUAUGACAUAUUCACUUUGAAUUGGUGUGCACUUGUUAUUGAAAUGUAUCUUAAACUUUUGAGACUUAAUUUUUCCAAAUAAUAAAAUUUGAAAUUGCAA